AGUGGGUUCGAGUUAAGUAUUUAACACAAUACCUAACCUUGGUUACCGUAAAUAAAGAAAUAGAAGAUAAAGAGGAAAUUCGGAAUUGCGGAUAACGUUUUGCAGGAACCUUAGAUCAUAUACAACAUAAACGCCAACGUAGAAUUUGUGGAAAUUCAUCAACGUGAAAAUAUAUACCUUAUACCAUUUACAUGGUACCACAUAACCUUUUCUAAUCUAUAAAAAUAUUAAUUAUUAUCUUUAAUUUUGAAAAUCUUAUUAUAAUUAUUAUAAAAUCUUAUUUAACAAAUAAAAAAUGGCAUUUAUCAUCAAUGCUUUUCAAAGAUGUAAAGCUCUGGCUAAAUUUCAAACGCCAGUGAACGAUACAUGUUUGGGUGUGCUUCCUUGUUAUCAACAAAUUCGUAAUAAAUGGCCAGACUUUAGAAUGAAAAAAGAUGCACGGAAAAGAAACACUCUUAAAGAAUAUGGUGUAUACAAGCUGCGCUAUAAUGCACUUCGUAAGAACAAUAUCAUUCCUUUAGAAAUUCAAGAAAUUGCCGACAAAGAAAUCUACAAUUGUCCGAGAGACGCUAGUAUAACUAGAAUUGUACAGCGUUGUCAGGUAACUUCUCGUCCUCGUGGUAAUGUCAAACGAUGGCGUUUGAGUCGAAUAGUGUUUAGACAUCUAGCUGAUUAUAACAAAUUAGCAGGUGUUCAAAGGGCAAUGUGGUAAAAUCAAAAUGAAAAAUAUUGCUGAUGUAUAGUCUUGUUUAACCAACAAAUUAAUCAAAAUGAUUUAUAUUAUACUUGGAAGUUGGAGUUAUAUUCAUGAUUAUUGUGUUAUAAAUCAAGUAAAUACAAUGUUGAUGAAAAUAAUACAA